AUGAUUACGACUGAUCGAGGCGCGCAGUUUGAGUCCACACUUUUCCAAACUCUCCUCAACUUCCUUGGCUGCACACGUAUCCGGACGACGGCCUACCACCCAGCUGCCAACGGCAUGGUUGAGCGUUUCCACCGCCAGCUAAAAACUGCUCUGCGUGCCGCAGAAGAUCCCGAAAACUGGUCAGACAAUGUACCCGUUGCACUUCUUGGCAUUCGUGCGGCACUGAAGUCAGACUUGGACUGCAGCGCAGCCGAAUUGGUUUUUGGCACUACCCUCUGA